UCCACCCACCUACUGUAGCUCAUCCCGUUAUAUGAAGGAUGCGUGUAAAUGUGAAACAGCGACACCUAUGGGUGAGUCUCUUUUUCACAUAUACAGUUGGGUUUGUCUUCAUAGCGAUCUUCCGAACAAAGAAAGUGACAGAGCGCGGACUCUUGAACCUUAUUCUCCAACACACCGUUACUUUUGCGCGCUUAGCUCUACCUGUGGAAGCGGAUCCUCGCAGGGCGACGCCCUUUUCGAGCAGCGGACCGCGGCGAUCUGCAGGGCUGCGGGCGGCUGCUUCCUUUCCCGCACAGUCACCGGUUCUGGGUGGUGGAUGGAGAAACUGACGUGUCCGGAUCGAGGUCCAGCAGCAAAACAGCCUCAGUAGAAAAAAAAGAAAGCGGUGACAUAAUAGUACUGUCCAGUCGUGGUGCAGUCGGAGGGCCCCGCCCUAGUGAGAGGCGGCUCGGCUCGGCUCGUCUCGGGACGGGGAGGGACGGGGAAGGACAGGGCGGGACGGCCCGCGAGCGCACAUCACUGCUGCUUUGUGCUCCGCUGCCUUCCGUUUAACGGGCGUCGCUUUUCUUCCUGCGCGCUGACAAGUUAUUUAACGGCUCCAGAGGGUGCGUUGCUGUGCCGGUUGACUGACGGAAGACUGCAGGAUGUAUCAGUUUGGUGGGAUCUCAUCACGGAUCCAUAGAGACAGACUAAAGGCGGAGGGGUUGGGAACCAAAGAGCAGGCGGUGAAGUUUGUCAACCAAGAUUUUGAGUUCCUGCGGCAGCAGUGCGUUGAGAGUGGACGUCUCUUUGAGGACCCAUGCUUCCCAGCUGAACCCCACUCCUUGGGUUUCAAAGAACUGGCCCCCCAUUCCUCCAAAACUCGGGGAGUGAAAUGGAUGCGACCCACGGAGCUGGUGCAGGAUCCUCAGUUCAUCUUGGAGGGGGCUACAAGGACAGAUAUUUGCCAGGGAGCUCUGGGUGACUGCUGGCUUCUUGCUGCCAUUGCUUCCCUCACUCUCAACGAGAAUGUGCUGCACAGGGUGGUCCCCCAUGGCCAGUCCUUCAAAGACAAUUAUGCUGGAAUCUUUCACUUCCAAUUCUGGCAGUUUGGCGAGUGGGUGGAUGUGGUCAUCGAUGACCGGCUGCCAGUGAAGGAUGGCGAGCUCAUGUUUGUCCACUCCGCGGAGGGCACUGAGUUCUGGAGUGCCUUGAUGGAGAAGGCCUAUGCCAAGAUAAAUGGCUCCUAUGAGGCCUUGUCUGGGGGCAGCACCACUGAAGGAUUUGAGGACUUCACGGGUGGAGUGUCUGAGAUGUAUGAGUUGCGCAAUGCGCCCAGGGACCUGUACAGGAUCAUCGCCAAAGCUCUUGAGAGGGGCUCUUUGCUGGGCUGCUCUAUAGAUAUCACCAGUGCCUUUGACAUGGAAGCUGUGACUUUCAAGAAGCUGGUUAAAGGUCAUGCAUAUUCUGUUACUGGGCUGAACCAAGUAAAUUACCGGGGCCGGAUGGAAAAACUGAUUCGUAUCAGGAACCCCUGGGGACAGGUGGAAUGGACUGGUGCCUGGAGUGACAACUCCUCUGAGUGGAACAGCAUAGAACCAUCUGAAAGAGAGAAAAUGUGUUGUCGCAGAGAAGAUGGAGAGUUCUGGAUGUCUUUCUCUGACUUUCUACGACAGUUCUCCCGUCUUGAAAUCUGCAACCUGACGGCUGACACACUCAGCAAGAAUACAACGAGCUUCUGGAAUACAGUGAAAUUUGACGGCACUUGGAGGAGAGGCAGCACAGCAGGAGGUUGCCGGAAUCACCCCAACACCUUCUGGAUCAAUCCCCAGUUCAAAAUCACACUGCUAGAAGAAGAUGAUGAUCCAGAAGAUAACGAUGUGGCCUGCAGCUUCUUGGUGGCACUCAUGCAGAAGGAUCGGCGACGGUACCGGAAGCAAGGCCAGGACAUGCACACAAUUGGCUUUGCAAUCUAUGAGGUUCCGGAAGAGUUUAAAGGCUGCCAGGGAUUGCACCUGAAGAAGGACUUCUUCCUGAAGCAUUCCUCAUGUGCCCGCUCAGAGACGUUCAUCAACCUGCGGGAGGUGAGCGCCCGCCUGCAUCUCCCACCGGGGGAGUACUUAGUGGUGCCAUCCACCUUUGAACCCAACAAGGAGGCAGAUUUCGUCCUGCGCGUCUUCACGGAGAAAAUGGCCGAGUCACAGGAACUUGAUGAUGAAGUGGUUGCAAAUAUUGAAGAUGAGGAACUGUCGGAAGGUGACAUUGACAGCUCUUUCAGGAGAAUGUUUGCUCAGUUGUCUGGAGAGGACAUGGAGAUAUCGGUUCAUGAGCUCCGGACAAUCCUCAAUAGAGUGAUAUCCAAACACAAUGACCUGAAGACAGAUGGCUUCAGUUUGGAAUCGUGCAGAGGGAUGAUCAGUCUCAUGGAUAAAGAUGGUAGUGCCCGUCUUGGCCUAGUGGAGUUUCAGAUAUUGUGGAAUAAAAUCCGAAAGUGGCUGGGGGUCUUCAGAGAGUUUGACCUUGAUAAAUCGGGAUCCAUGAGCUCCUACGAGAUGCGUCUUGCUCUCGGUUCAGCAGGAUUCAAGCUGAACAACAAAUUGAACCAAGUUCUUGUGGCUAGAUAUGCAGAGAAUGAUUCCAUUGACUUUGACAACUUUGUGUGUUGCCUCGUGAAACUGGAAUCAAUGUUCAGGUAUUUCAAGGAACUGGAAAAAGAUGGAAAUGGUAUGGCAGAAAUGAAUAUAUCAGAGUGGUUAUAUUUGACCAUGUGUGGAUGAAGAGAAGACGUAUUUGGUGGACUGACAUAAGUAAUACUCGACUGAAGUAUCCUUCUGACCCCCUUUAAACUCAUGCUGUACUUCUGCAUGUUCAAUACAACCUUGCCUUGAGUUAACCCAGUGUUAAAUGUUUAGGAGAUGAGUUUUUAACCACUUCUGCUCUGCUAAAUGCUUAAAAACUAAUUUUUAAAUGCAAAAUUACAAACUUGCCAAAGAAGUCAUAUAUAAGUUGUAUAACUUUAAAGUGGAAUUAAAUUCAUGUAGGCUAAUUUACAUUUGUCAUCCAUAAAGUUAGUUUGCAUACAUGAUAUCCAACAGCUUAUUAUAAAUGCUAGAACUUGUAGUUUUCACUUACUCAUGUACAUGUAGCAGCAUUUUGAGGAUUCUUUUUCUCAUAUACAAGUGGUAGAUGCCAUCAGAACAGUGCAUUUUAUGUCAGGAUACUUCACAUGAGAGGGUGCUUUACAUGAAACUGUUAAACGCACUACAAAUAUUAAAAAUUUCUAA